ACAAGGCGGAGCCCUCCAAGGAAGGGGCUGAGCCGCUAUCGAAGCGACUGCGCCCCACUCUCCUGGAAGGGUCCAUGAGGCUUCAGCGUCCUUUGAAGGACGCGAUCGAUGCGGGAGCUCGGGCUGGUCCGGGCGUAAGAGCGAUUCCCACGGUGAAGUAAGUACUUCUUGUCGGAUUUGUCCUUCUUGCGACUGGACUGGGUGUCGACUCACCUCACCUCCUUGUAGGUCCAAGAAGAAGACCUUGGCGAAGCCGCCCGCGGCCGGGGUGGCGGCCACGAGGGCGGCCGAGGCAAAGAAGAAAGCCGCGGAGAGGAAGGCGGCGCCGUCCGACCUUGGGGGCGCGGGGUCGGCUCCGGAAGAGCCUGCCGCCGGGAGCCAAGCGGAGAAGGAGAGCACUAGCCGCGUCGAGCCCACCGCCAACGUCUUUCCUCUACCCAGCAUGGCUCGCGGGGGCAUGGCGAGUGCAGCGACGGGUCCAGACGUUACUCCGCCCGUGGUGGAGGAGGAGUCGACUGACGUUGGAUCGACCGAGGGGCAGAAGGCACCCGAGGUUGAAGAGGACAUCGUCGAGGAGGGCGGUCUGUCAGAGCCACUGAAAGAGUGCCGGUCCAAGGCCGCCAGGGACCGAGCCCCGCCCAGUGACGCCGACACGCGGACGGGCGAAGUUCCAUCGACUGAGGCGGUGAUGCGAGCGGACGGGGCGACCGAGUCGCGUCAUCCGCCGCCGUCUUCAUUGACCUUCACCGAGCUCCACACGGCGCUUGGCGAGGCGCAUGUGGCGGAGAUUAAGCGGCUGACCGCGCUUGUGGAGGAGGCGGCGCAGAAGAACCGGAAGCUGAUUGCCCUGGGCAGUAAGUCAGGCCCGCUCGCCGUCCUCAUUCGGAAGCCGUAG